AAAAUUUUAUACACUUUUCAUUUUCUUGAGCACUUAUUUAAACAACCUUAUUAUAUAUUUAUUAUUUUUCUUGUCAAUAGAUGGCGGGUAUAACAAAAGCUGUUCUGUCGAAGCAUCCAAGCAAGAGUGUUGCUAGUCGACGCAUUCACAAAGAGGGCCGUAUCACUGCUAAAAAAGAGUCUAAGAGUAUCACAUCCGGCACGAAGCGACAGCAUCGCUGGAGACCGGGGACUGUUGCUCUUCGCGAAGUCCGUCGCUAUCAAGCUUCUACGGACUUUCUUAUUUCUCGUGCCCCUUUUCGUCGCCUCGUGCGUGAGAUCGUUGCUAAUUUAAAAGAUUCCGUCCGUAUGCGCAGUUCGGCGUUGGAGGCUGUGCAAGAGGCCACUGAAAGCUAUAUUGUGAAUCUGCUAAAUGACGCCAACCUGUGUACUAUUCAUGCAAAGCGCGUCACUCUGUUUCCAAAGGAUCUUCAGCUAGCUUUGCGGCUACGUGGUGACCGUGCUUGAAGAUUUAAGCAUGGGUUUUUUUUUUUCCACAUACUUUAGCAGUGUCAUUUUUUUCCUUGUUUAUGUGUUAUGCUUGCUGUCAACAAGAACUGCUUAAAGAAUAGAUAGGUAAGGCUUCAUUUGAUUUUUUUUGAAUAUUUAUAUUUUAAUACUGUAUGGAAUGCAGAUGCUGAUUAAUAUGCAAACAAUUUAGCAAUAGAUAGGGUGCAUUUGCUAUGUGUUCUUUGAAACGAGUACCUUAGAGCGAUAAAAGAAAGGGCAAAGAUAUAUAAUUAGUUUUAUUUACACUCAAAACACACACGCACAUCUUAUGAGCAUAUAUAUCUCCUGAGAUGCGGUUUAAGGUGUACAGGGUAUCCUCCACAAGAACCAUGAUCAUCAGAUCACAUUGAUUAAGAAUUUUGUACGAAAGCCUACGGGCUCAUUCUUUUAUUCACAUUCAGUUAAAGAAUGGUUCUAUUUAUGUAUAGAGGAUUUUAA